CGCUCCCUACUUCCUCCCCAAGCGAAGCGGAACUCCUCUUCCUCCUCCGCUGAUCCUCCCAAACCCGCGCCCCGAAUCUGCUGCCGCCGCUGCGUCCGUGUCGGCUCUGUCCCGCCGGCGAGGAUGUUGUCGAGGAUCUCCCGCCUCGGCGCCCACGCCCUGAGCCGGGCGAGGCUAGGUCAAAAGUCAGUAAAUUCAAGGAAUCAGGAAGAACCAAUUAGAGCUUGUAUGAACUAUGUGGGUAAUCAUUCUCUAUGUUCCGCCACAGAAGCUAAAGUUAGUGACAGGAGCGAACAGCCGAAAGCUAAGAUAUCUGUGACAUUUGUUGAUAAGGAUGGCGAUGAAACAGUUAUUAAUGUUCCUAUUGGGAUGUCAAUGCUGGAAGCUGCUCAUGAGAAUGACAUAGAACUUGAAGGAGCAUGUGAGGGCUCUCUUGCAUGUUCUACCUGUCAUGUGAUUGUAACGGACGUAGAGUACUAUAACAAAUUGGAAGAUCCUGAAGAUGAGGAAAACGAUAUGCUGGACCUUGCUUUUGGCCUUACAGAGACAUCUCGCCUUGGUUGCCAAGUAAUUGCAAGCCCUGAACUUGAUGGCAUAAGAUUAGCACUGCCAGCAGCUACCAGAAACUUUGCUGUUGAUGGGCAUGUCCCGAAACCACACUGACUAAGCACUGGGUAUGUUGGAUACCUGCUCAGUUUUGCAGAAUAUGAGAUAUAGUUCUUUUUAUUUUCAUCUUGUUGUAUCUGUAUCCUCAACAUUUAUAUUCUGUAGUCCUUGGCCAUCUGUAGUCCUUGGCAAGACGGCCAUUAAUGUCAACUUGCUUCGCCAAAACAACACUUGGAAAAUGCAUUGCCAUUGCAAUGCUACCAACUUUGCACUUGGAAAAAUCUACCAUCACUUUGUCCA